AUGAAAGCACAACAAGCAGCAACUCUUUUAUUAGAAGAGACUCUUUUUCAAGUUGACUUGAGAGCUGAAUAACUUAAAAGUUACUUGGAGAAAGUUACUAACACAGUUAAUGGACAUUCUUCUUAUCUGAACAACUUAUAAAUCUAAUUGAAUCAAGUAUUGAAAUUGCAAGAUGUAGGAAAUAAUUUAAUAACAUAUAGUACGAAGCCUAUUUAUAGAGAACAGCUAAAUCGAUGUCUUUACGUGAUUCGGAAUUUGAACAGUAGAUUUCUUUUUAGUUGGAGAAACCAUUGGCUGAGAAUGGAUCAGAUUAAAUAGAGAAUGCUAUAUGUAUGGUAAUAAACAAAGAGCGAGUAUUCAGUUAAGGAAUGGCUUAUCUAUUCAAACGAAGCAAAGAUUGGGAAGCUAAACUCAACAAAUUGGAGGCUGAUCUCACAAAAAGAGCUUUAAAAGAUGAUUUGGAGAAGGGUUUGAAGGAACAAAAAACUAAAUUAUCCGAUCAAAUCGAGGAUUUAAAUAAGAAACUGACUAAGCGAUUUUAGGAUUAGGAGAGAUUAGCAACAUAAAAUUAAAAUCAGUUACAAUAAAGUAUUAAUGAGUUAGAGAAAAAAACAUUGUGGAAAAUUAGUGAUUGCGAAAAGUUAUUAUAAUAAAGAAUCAAUGAUAAGUUUGUGGAAUCUUCCUGUUAAGGUGUUUAUGAUAGAGUUAUGAGGGACAUAGCCAAAUAGAAAGACGAAGGUAUUAAGGGAAUUUAAAAUGAAAUGGCUGAGUUAAAAGCCAAAUUUUAAUACAAUGAUGAAAGAAAUCAAGACAAUUUCAAAACAUUACGAAUUCAAUUGAAGGAAAUGAAUGAUACAAUCUCUUAGAAGUACACUCCUCUUGAAAAAUUCGAUUAAACUAAACAAAUACUAAGUGAUAGAACUGUUGAAUUAUAAAAUAAAGUUGGAGAAUUAUCUAGAAAAAUGGAUGCCAUUUUAUAAUUAGAAAAAUUGAUACCAUAAAUCAAAUCAAUGGAUGAUAAGAUUGCUGAUUGUUAGUAUAGGGGCGAAUAAAACAGGAAAGACAUAGAAGAAUUAAAAAUUAAGACUGAAAACUUUGAUGGGUAGGCAAAAGGGGGGAAAAGUGAUAUCGAUCCUCAUAAAGUGUGUUCAUUAGAAGCAGAUAUUAAAAGGUUAAAAAGUGAUUAUACAGACUAAGAAAACAAAUUAAGAUUAUUAGAAAAUGAAUUGAAAAGAAAAAUUGAUGUAAAUGAGCAAAGAUUCCUAUAACAAUUAAACCUUUUGAAGUAGGCUCCUUAAUAAUAAUAAUUAUCCAAAGAAGAUAUUAUCUCUAUCAUUGACAAGGAGAUAUCAUAACCGAUGAGUUUAUUAAGAGCAAGAAUACUUCAGAUAGUUGGUUAAGCUUGUGGAGAAAAUAUGUCCUUUGAGAUGUUCAUAAGAAAUCUACUGAAUGAUAUAGCUGAUAUGAAAAAGAAAAUAGAAGGAUUACAAGAUCUUGAUAAGAAAAUGAGAAAGUAUAUGAAAUAAAUGACAUCAAAUGAUAACACUGACCUAUAGAAAUAACUCGCAGAGUAUCGAAUAUUAAUAUAUUCUUUAGAAAAGCUAAUGAAGAGGACACUAAAGCUAAAUUUACAGCUUUAGAAGAAAAAUACAAAACAAUGGCUGAAAACUAUGGCAUCUUGGCUAAAGGAAUGAAAGAAUUAGAGGAGUUCUCAAACUAUUUAUAAACAUUGCUUUAGUAUAUUGUAUUUAUAAUUUAGUGUUAACCAAUAAGAAACUGUGAGCAUUUUAACAGGAAAUCAUAGAGUCGUCACUUAGAGAUGUUUAGUAUGCUCUGGAAAAACUAAGUUAACUAAAACUGUAGAUGUAACUAUUUUUUUUUAUUAUAGAAAAGCUAAGAUUUGAAUUAAGCUAAGCUAGUUAGGGGAGACUUAAGACCAAAAGAUUUGGUUUAUGAAAAUUCUGAAGUUUAUGAACUAAGUAAUAAUGAUUGUUGAUUUCAGAUCCAAACUAAGUGAAUUACACUUCCGACAAUUAGAAAUAUGUAGGAACUACUGUUGGAUUCAAAUAUCCAAUGCUUAAUUAGAAUAAAGCAAGUAACUAAGGUAUUCUAAUUUUAAGAUGAUCCUUCCUCUAGCUCUGGUAGAAUCGCAAGACCUUAAAGUGCUUAACAAAAAAAAUAUUGA